UUAGUUUAAAAAAAGAGCGUGACCUCAAAAAGUACACACUGCAGCUUUCUCUCUAUACAUUUUCUCUCUCUCUGCUACAAGCCGACGACAGACUCCGCGCUGGCGAGAUUCCUCCUCUGUCCUUCCUCCCCCUCCAAACCCUAAAUCCACGGCCAUGUCUUUGUUGAUUUCUUGAUAAUUUUCUUUAGUUUCUUUUCAUCACUUCAUUGGCUAUCUAAAUGGGUUGUGCGACGUCUAAGCUAGACGACCUUCCGGCGGUGGUGCUCUGCCGUCAGCGGUGCGAAUUCCUCGACCAAGCGAUUCAGCAGCGUUACAUACUCGCCGAAGCUCACGUCGCCUAUAUACACUCGCUCAAUGAUGUUGGCCUCUCUCUGCACAAAUUUUUCGAUCGAGAUCUCGACAAUUCUACCGCCGAUCUGCCUUCGCCAGUUCUCAAUCUUCCGACUAAGCGGAAAGGGGAUCCCGAACCGUCCGGUUCGCCCAAGGCCGCUAUUCAUCACUCUCACUCUAGCUCCGGUUCGCAUCUGCACUUCCACUCCGGUUCUGACGACGAUGAUGAUUCCGGUUCCGACUCUCUGCAUCACCAUCUGGAUGAUUCUUCUUCGCCUAUGAAGCAUCCUUAUGGUCAGUUGAAUUAUGCGGAUCAUGAAACCCUAGGUUCGUAUCCAGGUGGAUCGUAUCCAGGUGGUUCAUAUUCAGGUGGAUUUAUGAACAUGAAUUAUAUGAAGAAUAAAGCGACACAAUCGGUGUCGUACGAGCAACGGCCGAUGAGUACGGAGACUGUGCAAAUGGGCGAAUCUUCUUCUUCGUACUACCCUUAUCCUUACUCGAAUCAAACCCCUAGUGGUUACUCAUAUUACGACACGUCGAAUUAUGGUGGUGGUGUGAAUGGUUAUGCCGGCGGCGGUGGUAUGAAUGGUUUCUUUGGUUCAUCGCCACCUUAUGGUUCCUCGUCGCAGCAGCUGCCUCCGGUUGGUGCUAUGACUUCGUCGUCGGCUUCGUCUUCGAAAACACCUCCGCCUCCACCCUCGCCGCCAUCGAGCUCAGCUUGGGAUUUUUUGAACCCUUUCGAGACUUAUGAGAAGUAUUAUCCUCCGUAUACGCCCAGUAGGGACUCCAGGGAGGUGAGAGAGGAGGAGGGAAUCCCCGAUUUGGAAGAUGAGGAUUACCAGCAAGAAGUUGUUAAGGAGGUAGACGGAGAUCACAAGUUCAUGGAUGGUGGUGGUGGUGGUAAAAAUUAUGCAAAGGCUGUGGUAGACGACGACGGGAAGGUGAAUGAUUCUGAGGCGUUUUACCACACGAGGCCGAGCGUAUCAAUGGAGAACCACGGUGCAGAGUAUGAGGUGCACGUAGUGGACAAAAAAGUUGUCGAUAAUGAGGAGAAGUCCGGGGAUCGGGGCAAUGUGCCUGCUUUUAAGGCUGGAGGGCGUUUAAGGGGUGACUCCGAAGUUGUAAGGGAAAUUAAGGUCGGGUUUGAGGGAGCUUCGGCGUCAGGGGAGGGCCUUUCCAAGAUGCUUGAGGCCGGAAAAUAUCCACAUACACAUCGCCGUAAAAAUGCCUCAUAUCAAGUGUCGUCCAAGAUGUUGCAUGCAGUUACUCCUUCAAUGUCGGUAGUAACCUCACAGGCUUCUACUUCUAAAACUGCUGAGUCCGCAUCCUCAAUUGAGAAGGCUGAUCCUGCGUACUUGGAUAUUGGCGAAGAUGUGGGGAUGAAGUCUGGGAAUCUUUCUUCUACCUUACAGAAGCUCUACCUUUGGGAGAAGAAACUAUAUGAGGAGGUUAAGGUUGAGGAAAAAAUGAGGGUACUCCAUGAGAGGAAGUCCCGAAGGUUAAAGCGUUUAGAUGAAAAGGGUGCUGAGGCUCACAAAGUUGACACCACAAGAACUUUGGUCAGGAGUCUUUCCACAAAAAUAAGAAUUGCGAUCCAGGUUGUUGAUAAAAUCUCUGUGAAGAUAAAUAAAUUGAGGGAUGAAGAGUUGUGGCCGCAACUAAAUGAAUUCAUUCAAGGGUUAACCAAGAUGUGGAAGUCUAUGCUUGAGUGCCAUCAUAGUCAGUGUGAAGCUAUUGGAGAAGCUAAAAGAUUAGAUAGCAUUGCAUCUGGCAAACACUUUAGUGAUGCUCGUCUGGAAGCCACAUUGCAGCUUGAACAUGAGCUUCUUAACUGGACUUUAAGAUUCUCUAGUUGGGUUGGUGCCCAGAAAGGUUAUGUCAAAGCGUUGAAUAACUGGCUUCUGAAAUGUCUUCUGUAUGAACCCGAAGAUACAGAUGAUGGAAUUGCUCCCUUCUCUCCUGGUAGGAUAGGUGCACCCCCUGUGUUUGUGAUAUGUAAUCAGUGGUCGCAAGCAUUGGAGAGUAUCUCUGAAAAAGAAGUUGUGGAUUCUAUGCGAAAUUUUGCCUCGAGUGUACUUCAGCUAUGGGAGCGGGAUAAACAAGAAAUGCGCCAUAGGAUGACAAUAAACAAGGAUACGGAGAGGCAAGUUAAGCACUUGGAGAGACAGGACCAGAAAAUACAUCAGGAGAUCCAGGCGUUGGACAAAAAGAUUGUUCUGGUCUCUGGGGUUGACAGUGGUCUCUCAGUAACCGGACAAGUUGUGUAUCAGAGUGACACAAGCAAUAGUAUACAGGUGAGUCUGCAACUUAUUUUUGGGGCAAUGGAGAGGUUUACAGCUAACUCCUUGAAGGUUUAUGAGGAUCUGUUGCAACGUAUUGAAGAGGAUGGACUUGCUGGAGGGCAUUAGAAAGCCUCAUAGAGGGCUGCAUGGUGUGCUUAACCAGCAUCAUCUCUUUUGAGUGCAUGUUUUGGUUAAUUAUGUUCAACUUGCAGUUCUGUUGAAAAACUACUUGAAACUCGAGACUUCUGAAUGGAGUUAUCCACUGCUUUAUGCCGUGGCUUGGCAAUGGAAGCCUGAUUGUGCUAGUUUUGGUGUUGGGAAGUUGGGCUUUAAGUUAAUGGUGGUUUCAACUCAACAUCAGGCUAUAUUUGGCUUACUGUUCUGGGAGCAGGUAUUGCCAAUGUUGAGAAGAGAUGGUGCUUUCCGGGGCAAUAUAUCAGUUGUUUUGCAUUUCGACCCAGUCAUCCCAUCCCGUUGAUGGUAUAGACGUGGAUCUAAAAGCUGUUGACUGGUGAUGGGGAUUCGAAAGCUAUUGCAUUGGCUGAUGAUGAGGAUUCAGAAGUUGUAGGUGGGCAAGUCGGGUUGAUGGCUGCUGAAUCUGCAUUUGCCCAUCAGUAUUAUACUCCAUGAGCUGCUGCUGCUGCUUUUGCUUGUGUUAGAUAGUGUCGCAAACUUUUUGCAGUUUGAGUGGACUCGUUUUGAAUCUUCUCCUUGGGAACAAAAGCUGAGAAAGGAAAGUGGUUGGCGGGCAUGCAUCCAUGAAGACAGGCAGGCGCCUACAGCCAAUUUGCAGACUAAACUUCAAUUUUGCAUUAGGAAAGUAGAUAAGUUCGAGUUAAUGCUUAUUGGCUGUUUAGUGACGCAAGUCAUGGAAACACCCAAAUACCAGAUGAUGAUGUAUAAUAGGAGGAUAGAAAAUGCACUUAUUUUAGUUAUUUAUUGAUUUAAUGUCAGUUAUUUGUACAGAGAUCCCUAUUGUUUGUUACUGACGGAUAGAAAACACCCAAAAUGGUUAGGGGGGUGUGGUUGUCAUUGUCAGUGAGAUUUCAAAUUAUAUUUAUUUAUUUUUUUUGUUA